AAGCAGCUGGACCUGAGAAUCCAGGCCACUGACGGAGGCUCCCCGCAGCUCUCCAGCAGCACCCUUGUAAAAGUGAGGAUGGUGGACCAGAACGACAACCCUCCCGUCAUCAUCCAUCCAGUGCUCACCAAUGGGUCUGUGGAAAUCGGUGUGUCCAGCAAGACCUCCCGCGACUCCCUCGUGGCCCAGAUCAAAGCUCGAGAUGCGGAUGAUGGGGCGAAUGCCACGCUCACCUUUGACUUCCUGGAAGAGCCCCAGCAGGACCUUUUCACCAUCAACCCAAGUACUGGGGACAUUGUGCUGAGGGGUGACCUCUCUGAAGAGCUGGGCCAGCUGUUCAAGGUUAUCCUCACUGUGACAGACAACGGCAGACCCCCCCUGGCCACGACUGCCACAGUCAACUUCCUGGUGACCGCCACUGCUCCUUCCAGUAUCCAGGAGAUAGCCAAGCCCAGCUCCUGGGAAGGAAAAGCUUUGCAGUGGGACAUCCCUCUGAUUGUGAUCAUCGUCCUGGCGGGCAGCUGCACCCUCCUUCUGGUGGCGAUAAUCACCAUCGCCACCACCUGCAACAGGCGCAAGAAGGGGAACGAGAUCAAAAACAACGCUUCCUUGAAGGAGCAGAUAGACAUCUCCCACCUGGAGAAGGGCCGGCAGGAGGAGAGCAGCCAGAGGGGGAAUGUGUUUGAGGUACGAACCUUUCCCAGCAAAACCUCUUUCGCCAGCCCUGACCCUUCUCCAGCUGCUGAAGAGAUCUCCACCGCUGAGAGCAGCAGCGACAGCACUUGCCUCUACGAGGGUCAGAAGAGGCUCAGAGGACCAAAUGGGGAGGGUUUCACUGCUGCUCCGAGCUACAGCAAGGAGCCUGCUCCCCCUGUGGCCAUUUGGAAGGGGCAUUCGUUCAACACCAUCUCCGGCCGAGAGGGAGAGAAGUUCAGUGGCAAAGACAGUGGCAAAGGCGACAGCGAUUUUAACGACAGCGACUCAGACAUCAGCGGAGAUGCCUUGAAGAAAGAUCUCAUCACGCACAUGCAGAACGGUCUGUGGGCAUGUACGGCCGAGUGCAAGAUCCUGGGCCACUCAGACCGCUGCUGGAGCCCCUCCUGUGGCCGAGCCAACCCUCACCCCUCUCCCCAUCCUUCAGCACCCCUCUCCACCUUCUGCAAGAGCACGUCCUUGCCUAGAGAUCCCCUUCGCAGGGACAACUUUUAUCAAGCCCAGCUGCCCAAAACAGUGGGGCUUCAGAGUGUCUACGAGAAAGUGCUGCACAGGGACUUUGACCGGACGAUCACGCUCCUCUCCCCGCCACGCCCCGCACGGCUCCCCGACCUUCAGGAGAUUGGGGUGCCCCUCUACCCAGCCCCCUCGACUAGAUACCUGGGUCCCCAGACUGACACAGCUGAGAAGGUGUAGCCCAACACACUGUCUGCCUGAGUACACACGUCCCUGCGCGCACACGACUAGGUCACUCCUGAGUGAGAGCCUUUAAGUUAUUGACCAGAUCCGGUGUUGUACAUGUAAAUAUGCAAGAUGUGCCUUAAAAAUGGAGUCGCUGGGAAAGAUUUCCAAUCACGUCAGUACUGUUUGAUAUUUGCAAACAAAAAAAAAAUUGUUUGUAGUUAAUGUAAUUUUUAUGAAAUGUGCAGUAUUUAAAUUUUUCUUUCAUGUUUUCUACAUUGUUUUUUUGUUUGCUUGUUUUCGGUUCACUCAUGGCCUGCCAUUUUUUGUAGUGUUUUUAACCUGUACAUUGUGUAAUGUAAUGUUUGUACAUAAUGAAAAUUGGUUAUAUUUUUAUAUAAUAAAAGCUUAAAAAAAUGGGAAUUCUUGCCAAAGGAACUGUCUGAAAGACACAAUAAUAAUAAUUAAUAAUACUAUCCUGAAUAUGUAGAACUUUGUAAGGGAAAUUCUUCUUUCAUUGUGUAAUAAUAACCUGAGCAACCCAGUGUACCGAGAAGUUUGCCUUGCCAAAUGUGACUUGUAUUUCUUGAGUCUGUGGUCAACUUGAAGUUAAAUGUUAUUUAAUUGCCUUUGGUUCCUGUAAUCUGUGUCACUGAUAAACACUAAUAAAGGUUUUGUGAUGU